AGAGGGGUAUAUAACGCGCUCUCCCCUCGAAUUCUUUUCUUCCAUUCAUAUUCCUCCACCUUUGGUUUCUGAAUUAUACUCUUUGUAUCUUUCUAGGAACUGGAAAUCCGUCACCCCUCUCUCGCCCCAGUUAUCCCCCAUCCCGUUCAGGUACAUCUCUCUUCUAUCUAUAGUUUCGCUGGUUUGCUUUCCCAUCUCAAUACAACUAAUCCUUUAACGACCCUCACGCCCCCUUUUUUCAGUUCUGUCCCUUUUAUAACCUGCACCUUCGGUUAAGGCUUGCUCUCUUUCGCUAUUUUCAUCUGGUUCCGGUUUUCCUUAUCUUCUCUUCGGCUCACACUUCCCGCUAUAAAAGUUUCUGAUUUUCUAUAACACGUAUUUCGCUCCACAAUGACCUCUUUCAUGACAAUCACGCCCCCAUCUUCCAGUGAGUUCAAGACUGAACCAUCUCCGUCUACUUCCAACGUGGACUCUACUUUGAUUAACACUCUACUCCACUCUAUCAUCAAGAUUAUCCGCGGUACCUUAGCGGCCGCCGUCCAUGAAUCUCUCUCCAACACCGACUUGAAGUUCUUUAUCCAAGAGAUCUUAAAACGCUCGCGUGCCUCCAAGACCAGUAUUAUCAUCACCUGUUACUACUUGACCAAUUUGGCUAAAUGCUCUGCGGACGUUUCGUUGCCCUCCAUCAAAAGGCUCUUUCUUGGCUGUUUGAUUCUCUCUUUCAAGUUUUCCCGCGACUUUAAUUUUUCCUUCAAAACAUGGUCUCUGAUGUCUGGUUUGGAAGUCCACGAUUUGCAAACCAUCGAAAGAGCCAUCUUGGGCGGGUUGAACUACGACUUGUAUGUCAACGGUGCCUCCUAUACCAAAUUCGAGACUGUCGUUAACACCUGGCUUGCCACUGCCGCGCCAUCCGAGCUCGUGUCUGAACAAGACGCGGCUGCCUUGGAACAGUUGACUUCUUUUAAAAAGGUUUCGGCUCGGGCUGUUUCCGAGGCCGUAUUUACUCCUACUAGUCUCCCACCAAUGACCCCAAAGAGAAAUGUCGCGUACAAGGCAACCACCAUCUCAUUGCCAAAGACUCCUACCUCUAUUGAGUUGGAUUCGCAGCACGGCAAGAAGAGACGGUUCUCUGACUGCUCUGCGGAUGACGAGGGUAUCCAUGCGGCUUUUAUCGAUGCGCUCUCCAAAAGACAAAGCCUCAUUGCCGUUUAGUAUCCUCUUUAUUUGUUUCAUAAUAAACUUACAGUAGCAGUUAAAAACAGUGUAGUGUGCCUGACAGUCUGGUAAAGGUGCUUGUGACAUGCAUGCAAACAUAUGCAUGGAUAACGUGAUAUGCUUAGGAUCAUGGAGAGAGAUGUUUGGCCAGCGACGCGCCGCACGCUAUAUAAUUUCCAGAAUCUUCCAGGUACAUCUAUCACCUUGAUGCAUGAGAUGUCACAUUCCUGGGGUGUAUAAAACGGGGAUAAAAAAGGAGAGUAAAUUUGGC